GGCGAUGGUGGUGGUGGUGGUGGUGUUGGUGGUAGCGGAGGUGGUGGAAGAGCGAACGUAGUAGGUGUAACGUCGCCGUCGUCGUCGUAACGCGACGAGCGAGUAGUAGUAGUGACACGACGAAACUAAGUGGCCGCGAACGUGAGUCGGGUUCGAUACGUAACCGCGAAUCUCGUGAACGAGGAAGUGCGUGCGUGCGAGUAGUAACUACUUUAGGGAGGAAGAGAAAGAGAAAGAGAAAGAGAAAGAAGAAGAAAAAGAAAAAGGAAAAGAGGAGUAGAAGAAAAAGAAAAAGAAAAAGAAAAGAGAAAGAGAAGUGGAAGUAGAAAGGGUAAAAGGAGGAAGCGGAAGAAGAAGAAGAAAAGGAAGAGGAAGAGGAAGAAGAAGUAGAAGAAAAAGAGGAGGAGGAGGAAGAAAGAAGGAGGGGAAGGAGGAGGUGAAAGGAGAAUAGAAAAGGAUUCCUGCUGCUCCUCCGUCGUCUGCCCUCCCCUAUUUUCUUCCUACCUCCCUCCCCGACGCGUCGCGGUCGCCGUCGCCGUCGCCGUCGCUGUCGCCGUCGCUGUCGCCGUCGUCGUCGCCGUCGUGCUCCUCCUCGUCAUCCUCGUCGAUUUCGUCGUCGCUGCUCUUCAUCCGGUUGGCUGUCGUGCGACGACGCGUCGUACGCGCACGGUCUUUCUCUACUUUCUAGCUCGGCUAGUCGAGCUCGAGUCGAGUCGAGUCGAAUCCGAGUCGAGUCGAGUCGAGUCGAGUCGAGUCGAGUCGAGUAGAGUCGAGUCGAGUCGAGUGGAGCGAAGCGUUCGGUCUACGACGUCGUCGUCGUCGCCGUCGUCGCCGUCGUCGUCGUCGUCUGGGUUGGUGGUAGUCCAGUCCAGUCCUCUUCGUCCGUCGUCGUCGUCGUCGUCGUCGUCGUCGUCGUCGUCGUCGUCGUCUUCGUCGUCGUAGUCGUCGUCGGGGCAGCAGCGGCGACAAGCGGCGGCGGCCGACAACAUCACGCGUCGUCGUCGUCGUCGUCGUCGUCGUCGUCGUUCUCCUCGUCGUCGUCGUCGUCGUCGUCGUUCUCCUUGUCCUCGCGUCCACGUCGUCUUUAACGCGACGGUGAGGUGCGCGCGAUCCCGUUUUUUUUCUCUCGUCUAGGGAAUCGAACGUGCCGAUUCGUUGGCGGCAAGCACGACGGCGGUGUGCUUCGAAAUCGCGAAUAAAUGUGUCGGUCACGGUACAAGACGUGAGAAGAAGCGGGGGCCACCGGCAAGCCGAGGUUUAUUUUUAGUGGCAAGCGCCAAGCAGUAAGCGGAGUGGUAUAAACGGCGCGCACAGUGGCCCGAUGAAGCGGCGUAUGUGACAUCAAAUUUCUCCUCUCUUGCCACCUCGAGAACGGACACCCCGAGACAUCUCGCCGUCGGACCAUCCACGCUGUUUGUCCUCCGAUUAUUUGGAGGACAGUGGAGCAGUGACGUUAGGGAUCAAUAAAAGCUGGUAGCUUAAGAGAAGAAUAUUAGAGUUGGCUUAGGCCAACCACGGUAACUAAGGCAAAAUGGCGACAAUAGAUGGCCGACCAGCCCAAUAUGGUAUUACUCUUAAGCAACUUCGUGAGCUCAUGGAGCACAGAGGUCGUGAAGGUGUCAAUAAGCUCAAUGGUUACGGUGGCGUGCAGGAGAUAUGUAAAAAGCUAUAUACUUCACCCAGCGAAGGUCUCAGUGGGUCGACAGCAGACAUUCAACAUAGGAGAGAUACGUUUGGCUCCAACAUGAUUCCUCCAAAGCCACCUAAAACGUUUUUACAAUUAGUAUGGGAAGCUUUACAGGAUGUUACUUUAAUCAUUUUGGAAAUAGCAGCUUUGGUUUCGUUAGGUCUUAGUUUUUAUCAACCAGCGGACGAAGAACAGAGUGCGUCAUCGAUAGAAGAGGAUGAAGGAAAAUAUGGUUGGAUUGAAGGACUUGCUAUAUUGAUCUCUGUCAUUGUGGUGGUGUUAGUGACGGCAUUCAAUGACUAUUCCAAAGAAAGACAGUUUAGGGGUCUUCAAAGUCGAAUCGAAGGAGAACAUAAAUUCUCUGUUAUUCGACAAGGAGAAGUCAAACAGAUUUCUGUAUCUGAUAUCGUUGUAGGUGACAUAUGUCAGAUAAAAUAUGGAGACCUGCUACCUGCAGAUGGUAUCCUUAUACAAAGCAACGAUCUUAAAGUGGAUGAAUCCAGUUUAACUGGAGAAUCGGAUCAUGUAAAGAAAGGAGAAGCGUUCGAUCCUAUGGUACUUUCAGGCACUCACGUGAUGGAGGGAUCUGGAAAAAUGUUGGUGACAGCGGUAGGUGUCAACUCCCAGGCUGGUAUAAUCUUCACCUUGUUGGGUGCUGCCGUUGAUCAGCAAGAGCAGGAAAUAAAGAAGAUGAAAAAAGAGGCUAAAAAGCAGCGGAAGAAGAAGUCAUUACCAGGAGACGAAGGAGCAGAAAUCACUGGGAACAGUCAUGCUGUUGGAACUGGAGGAACAGGUGGUAAACACGAGAGUGGAGAAAAUCAUCAUGGCGGAGGUGGACAAGGAGGUGGAGCAGAGUCUACUAAGAAGGAGAAGAGCGUUCUUCAAGCUAAAUUAACGAAGUUAGCGAUACAAAUCGGUUAUGCUGGCUCGACCAUAGCAGUACUCACCGUGAUCAUUCUAAUCAUUCAAUUUUGCGUCUCGACGUUCGUAAUCGAGGGAAAGCCAUGGAAGAACAUUUAUGCCGGUGAUCUGGUACGGCAUUUGAUUAUCGGUGUUACUGUCCUCGUCGUUGCCGUACCCGAAGGUCUUCCUCUGGCUGUCACCUUAUCGCUCGCUUAUUCCGUCAAGAAAAUGAUGAAGGACAACAAUUUGGUACGGCAUUUGGAUGCUUGCGAAACGAUGGGUAACGCUACCGCCAUUUGUUCGGAUAAAACCGGAACCCUGACGACCAAUCGUAUGACAGUGGUAGAGUCCUACAUAUGCGAGAAAAUGAGCAAGACGGUUCCAAGCUUUUCCGAUAUCCCGAGCCACGUUGGAAACUUAUUAAUACAAUCCAUCUCCAUUAAUUCGGCGUACACGUCCAGAAUCAUGCCCUCGCAAGAACCUUCAGAAUUGCCGAUGCAAGUCGGUAACAAAACCGAAUGUGCCUUACUUGGAUUCGUAGUGGCCCUGGGCGAAAAAUAUCAAACUGUUAGAGAUGACCACCCUGAGGAAACUUUCACGCGGGUCUAUACUUUCAAUAGCGUUAGAAAGAGCAUGUCCACUGUUAUUCCAAGGGAAGGUGGUGGAUAUAGGCUUUUCACCAAGGGCGCUUCCGAGAUCAUCAUGAAGAAAUGUGCCUUUAUCUACGGUCGCGACGGUCAUCUGGAAAAAUUUACGAGAGAGAUGCAAGAACGUCUGGUUAAGAACGUGAUAGAACCAAUGGCGUGUAACGGUCUACGUACAAUCUCGAUCGCAUAUCGCGACUUUGUACCCGGGAAGGCGGAGAUAAAUCAAGUACACUCGGAUAACGAGCCGAAUUGGGAGGACGAGGAAAAUAUCGUUAAUAAUUUAACGUGUCUCGGUAUCGUCGGUAUCGAGGAUCCAGUACGUCCCGAGGUACCAGACGCAAUUAGAAAGUGCCAAAAGGCUGGUAUAACAGUACGAAUGGUCACCGGUGACAAUAUUAAUACGGCUAGGUCGAUCGCCUUGAAGUGCGGAAUAUUAAAACCAAACGAGGACUUUCUUAUUCUCGAAGGGAAGGAGUUUAAUCGAAGGAUCAGAGACAGUAACGGUGAGGUACAGCAACAUCUGUUGGACAAAGUGUGGCCAAAGUUAAGGGUUUUGGCUAGAUCAUCGCCAACCGAUAAGUAUACAUUGGUAAAGGGUAUAAUCGACAGCAAAGCAACGGCCAGUCGUGAGGUAGUAGCCGUGACCGGUGAUGGUACGAACGAUGGUCCGGCAUUAAAGAAAGCCGACGUUGGCUUUGCCAUGGGUAUAGCUGGUACCGACGUGGCGAAGGAAGCUUCCGACAUUAUUCUGACGGACGAUAACUUUUCUUCCAUCGUUAAGGCCGUUAUGUGGGGAAGAAACGUCUACGAUAGUAUAGCAAAGUUCUUGCAAUUUCAGUUGACCGUUAACGUCGUAGCUGUUAUCGUCGCCUUUAUCGGAGCAUGUGCCGUACAAGAUUCACCGUUAAAAGCGGUACAAAUGUUGUGGGUUAAUCUGAUUAUGGACACUCUAGCGUCCCUUGCACUUGCCACCGAAUUGCCUACGUCGGAUCUGUUACUUCGCAAGCCGUACGGACGCACAAAGCCGUUGAUAUCAAGGACGAUGAUGAAAAAUAUUCUUGGUCAGGCAGUUUAUCAGUUGACUGUUAUUUUUAUGCUUCUUUUCGUUGGCGACAAGAUGCUAGAUAUCGAAACUGGCCGAGGAGUUGCGGCUAGAGGUGGCGGACCCACUCAACAUUUCACCGUCAUCUUUAAUACCUUCGUCAUGAUGACUCUCUUCAACGAAUUUAAUGCCAGAAAAAUUCAUGGUCAGCGCAAUGUCUUCCAGGGAAUAUUCACCAACCCUAUAUUUUAUUCUAUUUGGAUUGGCACGUGUUUGUCGCAGGUGGUCAUCAUACAGUACGGUAAAAUGGCGUUCAGCACAAAAGCUCUUACGUUAGAACAAUGGAUGUGGUGCCUGUUCUUCGGAAUCGGGACGCUAUUGUGGGGCCAAGUAGUCACGACUAUUCCAACACGGAAGAUACCCAAAAUUCUCUCAUGGGGCCGCGGCCAGCCGGAUGAUAUCGGUGCUAUCAAUCUAGGAGACGAGAAAUUCGACCCCGACUCGGAUAAAAAGCCGCGAGCAGGACAAAUACUAUGGAUCCGUGGUCUUACACGGCUACAGACGCAGGUGAUAGGUGGCGAGUUGCAGGAACGUUUGAUACCGGUACCCUACAGCAAGAGUUCGACAGACCAAGCUAUCCGCGUAGUGAACGCAUUUCGGCAGGGCCUAGACGCGCGCUACGGCGAGCAUAGCAGCAGCACAUUGGCAGAAGUAUUGAGAAAGCAGUCACCCUUCAGUAAGCGGUUAUCACAGACGAGCAGUAUCGAGUACGCGGACAACAUACCGGACGAGCUGACUAUACCAGAGAUCGACGUUGAAAGAUUGUCGAGUCAUAGUCAUACCGAAACAGCUGUGUAGAGUUAAACUACCAAUUAUCACAACCCACUACCACCACCAACCACCAACCACCACCACCAUCACCAUUACCACCACCACCACCAAUAACAACAAUAACAACAAUAACAACAAAACCAACAAAAACAAAAAGGCCCGUCAUCGUCGAUCGAUCGAAUGGAGAUGGAUGGAUGGAUGGACGGAUGGAUGGAUGGGUGGGUGAUGGAUCGAUCGAUCGAUCGAUGAUCAUCGGAUAUCGUCGCAUCGUCAAAUCGGAUCAAGAAUUUGCUGUUUUUAUGAGAAGAAUGACAAGGGAGAUAAAGAGGGGAAAAAAGUGGAGGAGAGAAAAAAGAAAAGAAAAGAUCCUUGUCUCCUCCUCUUCUCCGACUCUUCGAAACUUCUACUUCGUUAUAAUUGAUGAUAGUUGAAACUUUGCAAGAACAACAAAAAAGAACGAACGAACUUCCAAACGUUUCGUUUCGAGACGCAACCGAUCAACCGAUCGAUCAAUCAAUUAAUCAAUCGGUCGGUCAAUCAACCCUUAACCCUUCACCCUUAACCCUUUAACCCUUUACCCACCUAAGAAAAACCCUCAACACGCGAUACCUCGAGAGCUCGUAGCCGUCUGUUUGUUUAUUGCUGAGUGAUUGAGGGAACUACGAAGGGGGUGGGUUCAAGGUGAUUAAGAAGGGAUUAGGUUCAUGAAGAGAGAAGGAACGAAGAGGAGGAGGAGGAGGAGGAAGAGGAAGAAGAGGAGAAGGAGGAGGCAAAGAAAGAGAAGGAAGAGAAGGAGAAAGAGAAGGAAAAGGAGGAGGAGGAGGAAGAGGAGGAGGGGGAAGAGCAGGAGGGGGUGGUAUGGAACAAUUUAGAAUCUGUCGAACAGUACUACCAUCCAUCCCCUUUUAAACAUCCUCCGGGUGGACGACGGUGAUCUUCCGAAUCUGAUUUUCAAAUCGUCUCUAAAUAUGUAUACAUAUAUACAUACAUAUAUACAUACAUAUAUAUAUAUAUAAGUAUAAUAAAAAAACUAUAUAUGCAUAUAUGUGUAUAAUAAAAAUAUAUAUAUGUAUGUAUAUGUGUAUAUAUAUGUGUAUAUAUAUAUAUAUAUAUAUAUAUAUAUAUAUAUAUAUAUAUAUAUAUUCGUCCUUGCGAUCAUAAGCUGAUCCGUGCGGGAAACACCAAUUAUAAUAUUACCGAAGCAACGCACCACUGCCUCCGUUAUGUUAGUCCUUGCGUUUCGAUCGUCGUCUCAUCGCAACCACCACCACUACCACUACCAACCACCACCACCACCACCACCACCACCACCACCACCACCACCACUAUUAUUACUACUACAAGAACAAGAACAAGAAUGAGAACAAGAAGAACAACAACUAUUGCCGCCGUCGUCGUCGUCGUCGUCGCUGCCGCUGCCGCUGCCGCCGCUGGUGCAGUUAUUGCCAUCGUACGCCAAUUAAUUAAUUGCUACGCAGCUCUCUGAUUCGUCCUCCUUAAUCGUCGUCGUUGUUGUAUUAAUAUUCUUCUUCUUCUUCUUAUUCUUCUUCUUCUUCUUCUUCCUCUUCUAAUCUUGUGAUCUUCUACUUCUACUUCUUACUUCUUCUGAUCUUAUGUAUUACUCUUAUUUAUGUAUUAUUAUUAUUAUUAUUAUUAUUAUUAUUAUUAUUAUUAUUAUUAUUAUUAUUAUUAUUAUUUGUUUAAGAUCGAGAUGUUGAUUUCUAUAAUAUCGAAUAUAUUGUACGUUCUCGACGCACCGCUUUUUCGAAAACGAAAUGUGUGAGAGACACUUGUACGAAGAGAGGGAAGAUUAGAAAGAUAGAUAGAGAGAGAAGAAUUUAGAGAAAGAGAAAGAAAGAGAAAGAAAGAGAGAGAGAGAGAAAGAUAGAGAUAGACGGAAUACAUUUAUCCUCUUUUUAUUUCGUUAUAAUUAAUUAUAAUUAUUUGUAAAUUGAAAUUAAUAUUUUCAUUUUAACGUGCACGCACAUAUAAUGCCAUCUCCCUUUCUCUUUCUCUCUCUCUCUCUCUAUCUCACUCAUUCUCUCUCUCUCUCUCUCUCUCUCUCUCUUUUUGAUUCUCUCAUUACAAACUCUUCCCAUUCAUCUCUCUCUCUCUCUUUCUCUUUCUCUCUUAUCUCGAGCGACUUAAGAAUGAUCUAGUCACUAGUUUGUAUUUUCAAGGAACAUACUCUGCACUGAGGGUGCCUUAAACGUGAAGUUUAAACAAUGUGUUGUUUCAGGCAUAAAUACAUAACACGAAUAUACACAUGUACACACAUAUACAUAUAUACUCGUAUAUAUACAUACAUACAUACAUACAUACGUACGUACGUACAUACAUAGAUGCAUACAUACAUGCGAGAGAGGACACUCGGAAGGAGUGAUCAUGCGUGAUGAUCGAUAUUUCUUCUUCCACUGUUACUUCUCCUUCUUCUUCUUCUUCUUCUACUACUUCUUAUAUUUCGAAUAUUUCUACUAUUAAUAGUUACUAUUGUUAUUAUUACUACUAGUAGUAUGCCAUUGUUACUAUUAACUAUCUCUAUUAGUACUAUUACUAUUACUAUUACUAUUACUAUUUCUUCUUCAUCUUCUUCAUCCUCUUCUAUUUCUUAUUCUUCUUCUUCUGAUUCUUCUUUCUUGGUUCAUCGCAGAUCGCCAUUAUUGCGAUUAGAUCGGUAAGACGUACUCGUAUUACUUUUUUUUUUCUCAUUCGUGCAUGCUUAAUUAACCCUCUAUAAUAUUUAUAAUUUUUGAUUGCGUUUAUAACGAAAUUUUACCUACGACACAAUGUCAAUGUUAUGUAGUAGUAUUCAUUGUACUAGUAAUAUUGUACUUAAAGAAAAAAAAAGAAAAAAAAAAGAAAAGGAAAAAAAAUAUGAAAAAGAAGUUAUGAAAAAUGAUCGGUUACAAGAUUGAAUUUAAUGUAACGAUAACGUGAUGAUAUUACUUAUGUCAGUAUGAUUAUACUAUACUAAGUCUAAAUUAUAUUUCAAAAACGUGAAAAGAUUCAUUUGAAAAUUCAAAUUAACGUAAUAAUAAUAAUAAUAAUAUUAAUAUUAAUAAUAAUAAUAAUAAUAAAAUGUUUACUUAUACUAGUAUAAUUAUACUAUACUUAAGUAUAGAUUAUACAUUAGAAACAAAAAGAACAAGUUUCUAAACGAAGCGGAAAUUAAAAAGAUAACAGUGACAACAUGAUCACAUAUAUAUUAGUAUAAUUAUACCAUACUAAGUCUUAAUUGUACUUUGAAAAGAUGAAAAAUCUCAGAUUCACAAAGAAAAUUAACAUAAAGAUAAAACAACGUAAUUACUUCUACUAUUAUAGUAUAAUUGUAUUAUAAUAAGUAUAAAAAAGAAUUGAAUCCAUAGAAAAAAAAAAAUAAUAAAUAAAUAAAAAAGAAAGACGAAGAAAAUUCUCAAAGAUUAACGAAACAGGAAUUACUUAUAUUAGUAUAAUUAUACUAUACUAAAUACAAAAAUUAUACAUACUACAGAAAAUAUGAAAAAUUAUAAAUAUGAAUGAACAAUAAAUUUUCUGACGAUAAAAUGAUAAAUAAUUUUAAAGAUUACACGACGUUAUAGAGGGUUAACGAUAUAUAAACAAAGUCUCAACUAUAUAAUAUAUAUAUAUAUAUAUAUAUAUAUAUAUAUAUAUAUAUAUAUAAAAUAAAAAUCGAUUAAAGAAAAGAAAAAGCGAAAUCCCAGAAGUGUUUGUAAUCUCGUUUGAAAAAAAAUCCUAUUAUUUUUACACACACACACACACACACACACACACAUAUAUAUAUAUUAUUUUAUUCAUUUCAUAACUUUUUCUUUAUUGCCUUCUAUAUUUAUUUAUUUAUUUAUUUAUUUAUUUAUUUAUUUAUUUAUUUAUAUGACUACCACGUUAAAAUAUACUCAGGAUCUAGCUUUACUUAUAUAUCGCGUAUAAAAUUAUUAUUUUCCAUUUUUAGAACGUCAUUCCCGAAGAAACUGGCACGAUGACCAAUACUUAAUUAAAACGCGAAUGAACCAAAAUUUAACAAAAAAAAAAUUACAAUAAAAAAAGGAGAGAGAGAGAGAGAGAGAGAGAGAAAGAAAGAGAGUCAAAAAGACUCGAUAAAAAAGAAAUACUAGCUAAACAAAAUAACAAGUGUUACGAUCGUUAUAAUGGGUCUCAACGAAGUUUCUAUGAAGAACUCGAUGGCUAUAUUUUAAAUCGAUCAUCGAUAUUUAAUUCAUUCAUUAAAUUUAAUCGAUAUAAAAUACUCUUGUAUGAUAAUAUUUCGAGUUGACUGAAUGAAAAGAAGAGAAAUAAUAAUUAAAAACUUGAAAAAAAGAAAACGAAUAAAUAUCGCGUUCGAAUAUUAUUAUUAUUACAAUCAUUACCAUCUUUAUCAUGAGUAUAUUAUUUAACAAAAUAAAAAAGAGCACGAGCAUACGCGCGCGUACAUACGUCUGUACAUUUCUCACAGGCCUCGAAAAGUUGAAAAUUAGAGAUUAGAUGUUAUUUUUGUCUUUUUUUUUGUUUUGAAAGAAAGAGAGACAGAGAGAGAGAGAAAGAGUAAGAGCAAGAAAUGAAAAAAACAAAAAAAAAAAAGAAAAAUGGAGGGCUCGAGAGGCCUAUAUUAAAAACUGCACCUUAUUCUAGUCUUAAGCACUCUGUAUGCCUUACACUGCCAAACGAUAAAGACGCGCGCUCUUAUUAUUAUUAUCUAAAUAUAUAUAUAUAUAUUUAUAUAUAUAUACACAUAUAUUUAUAUGUGUGUGUGUAUAUAUAUAUGCUCUAUUUAUGUUUUUAACGUGCACACGACGACGUUUACAUUAAAUUACGUACUGUUAUCAAGGGUCGUCGUGCCUCUCUCGAUCUUUGUCAAAUUUUUUUUUUUAUUCGUCUCAUUUUCCUCUUAUAUACAUACAUACAUACAUAUAUAUAUAUAUAUAUAUAUAUAUAUAUAUAUGUGUGUGUACGAUUAAUUACAAUCUUCAUUAGAUUCUCAUUUUCACUUUUUUUCGCUAUCGUAGUAAUUUUCGACCCGAUGUAACAGAUAUAUAUGUAUAUGUAUAUAUAUAUAUAUAUAUAUAUAUAUAUAUAUAUAUAUAUAUAUUAUAAAUAUAUAAAAACAAAUAGGAAAAAAUAUUGAAAAAAAUAAAAGGGUCACGUGCGACGAUCGUCUCAAAAAUAGAUAAUACAUUACAACAAAAUAAGAUAAUAACAUUUUUUAUCUUUACGUUUCUUUUUUUUAAUUUUAUCAUUCCUUUUACCAUUUCAUUGUUUCUUUUUUUUUAAUUAUCUCCACUAUCUUCUUUGAUUUUUUAUUUUUCGAAAUUGUUAAUAAUUAAAACAAGAUUUUGACAAACUUUAACGAACCCUCUAUAACUGAAACGUCUUUUCUUUUUUUGUUUUGUUUAAUAAGUUGUACCAGUAUAUAAUUAUAUUAUAUACUGAACGAUUGUUUAUAAUUUUAUCUGAGAAAUAUUACAAACUUUUCGGAUCGCAUACGCAAUGUGAAAUUUAUAUUAUAUUGUAUAAUAUAAUAUAUUAGUAUAUAUAUGUAUGGUAUAAUUACAUAAGUCAUAUACCUUGUAUAGUAUAAUUAUAUAUUAGUAUGAAUAAUACUAGUAUUAUAAUAUAUUACUAAUGUAAUUGCAAAAAAGUACUAGUGCCGAAUUACAAGAAAAAAAAGAAGAUAUAUAUAUAUAUAUAUACAUUUAUUAGUAUAAAAUUGUAUUAUACUAUACUUCAUACUAAUAUAAUUAUAUUAUACUAAGUAUAAAUAAUAUUAAAAUAAUGAUAUAACAAAAUAAAAGUACACAACUUUGUAUGGUAUAAUAUUAUACUGGUAUAAUAAAAAAAAGUAUAAAUUAUAACUUGAAAAAAUAAAUCACGAAAUAAAUUCGGAUACAAAUUAACAAUUACUAUUUUCUAUUGAGAAAAUCAAAAACUAAUUUGACAAAGGGAUUCAACAUAUACAUCACGUUAUAGAGGGUUAAUAAAAAAAAAAGAAAAACAAAAAGAAAUACACAAAUUCAAUAAAAAUAAUCAACGACAAUUAAACAAAAGGAAGAAAAGGAGAAUAGUAUCGGUCGAGGAAUUAAAGUCGAUGGUCACGUAAAGAAUCGAGGAUCGCGAAUUUAACAAUUAAAUUCAUUAAAUUAAUUAACGUCAACGAUCACGAUAGAUCAUGAUAGAUCACGAUAGAUCGAUCGAUAUGUUCUAUAAAUCGAAUGGUUCAGUAAAAAAAAAAUCAUCGACAGAAUUUAAUUAAAUUUAUUAUAUUAAAUAAUUAAUCAAUUAAUGUCGAUUAUUUAUGUUAUUAAUUAUGUUAUAACGAUCGAUCGAUCGAUAGAUCGGUAUGUUUCAUAGAUCAGAUCCUCGUUCAUUGUUUUCCUACUCUCUCUUAGUGCUUUUUAUCGGAUACGUCUUUCCAACGUAUCGUUGGUAUUCGAUCUCGCGGUCUUUCGCAUAUAUUACUAUUAUUACUACUAUUGCUACUACUACUACUACUACUACUACUACUACUACUACUACUACUACUACUACUACUACUACUACUACUACUACUACUACUACUACUACUACUACUACUACUACUACUACUACUACUACUACUACUACUACUACUACUACUACUACUACUACUACUACUACUACUACUACUACUACUACUACUACUACUACUACUACUACUACUACUACUACUACUACUACUACUACUACUACUACUACUACUAUUACUACAUAGUACUACUACUACUACUACUACUACUACUAUUACUACUACUACUACUACUACUACUACUACUACUACUACUACUAUUAUUAUUACUAUUAUACUAUUAUAGCUUUACCUAAAAGCGGUGCGAUACUUGAACGUCGGUAUUCAAUCUAAUUUAAAAUAAAAAUUAGGAUCGUUGAAAAGAUUAUUACACUUGGUCCUAUAAAACAAAAAGAAAAGAAAAAAACGAAACGUUGCCGACAUUUUCCAUGUAUAAUAUAUAUAUUAUAUAUUAUAAUAUAUAUACAUAUAUAUAUUUUUCAUUUCAAUCGUAAACGUAUUUAUGUGAAAACGAGCAACAAAUUUAUUAUUAAUUCUAUCUCUUUCUCUCUCUCUCUCUUUCUGUCUGUCUCUCUCUCUCUCUCUCUUUCUCUCUCUCUUUCUCUCUUUCUUUCUCUCUCUCUCUCUCUCUCUCUCUCUCUCUCUGUGAUUUCUCAUUUCGUAAACGAGAAAUCUAUCGAAUUAUUCUAAAUUCCUUGCUCGACAUUUCACAAUUCAUACGUUGUCUCCUAUGAGAAUGUAAGCAAUAAAAAGAAUUAAUGAGAAUGAAAAGUAGGAAAAGAAAUAUAAUGAAAAAAGUAAAAAGGAAAAAAAUGAGAGGUGGAAGAAAGGCAGAGAAAAAUGAAAAAGUAAAUAAUAGUAAUUACAGUCGGCACGGUUCGAUCAAAAAAUGGCCAAGCAAAGCGAAAAGGCUUCGUUGUCUCGACGAAGGUACACAGUUUAUAUACAUACAUAUAUGAUACAGACAUACUUAAUAUUUUUUUUCUUUGUUAUUCUUUUUCUUUUUUUUUUUUUAAUUAGAAUUAAAUUGAAUUAAAUUAAAUUAAAUUUUUCUUUUUCUUUUUUCUUCUGCGUGCGGGCCAAUGCAAAAAAUGAGGGAAAGAAAGGAAAAGAAAAAAAAAAAAGAAAAGAAAAGAAAAAAAAAUUUACAAGAAAAAAAACGUAAUAAUAAUAAUAUCGUAGAAAAGUUGUGUGCGUGUGUGUAAUCUUUUAGUUUUCGUUUUGUGUUUUGUCGACGAAAACGGACACGUUUAUAAGAAUGCAAUAAUUAAUUAAUUAUUUAAUUAUAUAAUUAAAUAAUCAAUUAAUUAACUAUCAUCAUCAUCAUCAUUAUCAUUUUUAUUAUUAUUAUUAUUAUUAUUAUUAUUAUCAUUAUUAUUAUUAUUAUUACUAUUAUUAUUGUUGUUGUUGUUAUUAUUAUUAUUAUUAUUAUUGUUAUUGUUGUUGUUGUUAUUAUUAUUAUUAUUAUUAUUAUUAUUACUAUUACUACAAUUAUGCAGAUUACUAUCAAAGUUUAAUUAUAUUUUACGUACUUAAUAUUCAUUUAUAUACAUACAUACAUAGAUAUAUAUAUACAUAUAUAUAUAUAUAUAUAUAUAUAUAUAUAUAUAUAUAAAAUCCUAUUCAGAAAUUCGCUCUUUAUUUUAGAUAAUUCGAAAGAAUAAGACAAUUACUUACAAUAUAAGAUACAAACUACAACAGUACUUGUAACGUUAAUCUGAUAUUUCCGUAUAUGAUGUAUUGUAAUCAUCCUCCUUCAAUUAUCAUAAUCACUGAUUAUUAUUAUUGAUUGCUGAUCAUAAUUCUUGAUCAUUGAUCAUCAUGAAUCAUCAUCGUUGAUCAUCGUUAUUAUUAUAAUUAUUACAAACCAAAGAAUGAAUGAAUUAAUUAAUUCAUCGUAACUCAUUAUCGUACAAUAAUCAUCGAAGAUAAUUUGUCGAUUAGAAUCACCGUCCCAGUUAGUAUAUAGCCGAGCCGUCAAAAUGAUUUUUUAUUGGCAUACGAUAUAGGUACAUACGUACGUACCUUUCUACCAGAUACGCUUCCAUGAUUUGGUAUUACGAAAAAGAAGAAAAAGAUAAAAAAAAAGAAGAAGAAAAGAAAGAAAAAAGAAAAAAAAGACAUUCAACAAUUAAUUAUUACAAAGGAUUUAUGUCAACGUUAAUAAUUAUAACAGUACAUAUAUGGAGGUUCGCAUAAUCGAAAUGAAUUAUUAUUCCUAAAGAAAAAAGAAAAAAAAAAGAAAACAAAAAAUGAAAAGAAAAACUUAUUCUUUUCUUUUUUUCUCUCUUUUUUUUUUUAUUUCUUUUUCCAAUUCCGACGAAAUCAAAAAAAGAAGAAAAACCGAAACCGAACCGAAUAAAUAAAAAAAUAAAUAAAUAAAUUAAUUAAUUAAAUUAAUCAAUCGAUCGAUCGAUCGAUCGACGGGUUGGUCGAUCAAUCAAUAAAUCAAUCAAUAAAUAAAUAAUUAAAUAAAAAACGAAAUGGAGGACGCUGCGUUUCUUCGAUCGUACGAGACAACAGGAAAGUUCAUCACUGCGAUUGGGACCAAAUCUCGAUCAUCGUAAUAAACACGCGACAUAUAAAAUGGAGAUAAUUAGCAUGGAGGAGAUAAAACAACAAAAAAAAAAAGAAUAAAAUAAUAACAAAAUAAAAAAAAGAAAGCAAGAAAGAAAGAGAAAUAGAGAGAAAGAGAGAGAGAGAGAGAGAGAGAGAGAGAGAGAGAGAGAGAGAGAGAGAGAGAAGAACACAAGUAAAAGGCAUGCUUCUUUUCAUCUUAUUAUUAUUGUUAUUAUUAACAUUGUUUAUUAAUUCGAUCGUUCGAACUUAACUAUCUUUAAGUUCCUUCCAAAUAAAUAAAUAAAUAAAUAAAUACUAAGUACGUCCGAGUCGAUCCUGAAAUCGAUCCUCGAGAUCGAUCGAUCUCUAUGAUCUAUGGCAAGAAAGAUAGAGAUGAAAGAUAAAUAAAUUAAUAAAUGAAUAAAUAAAUAAAUAAGAAAAAAGAACAAAAAAAAGAAAAAAAGAAGAUAAACAAAAAAAGAAAAUGUAAGGUGACGAAGCUAUAGAAAGUCGUUAUUUUUCUCGCUCGGAAACUUUCGACGUUUCGUGUUCGUAAGCGAUCUUACGUCGUUCUACGUGUAUGUACUUGCAUAAAAGAUUAAGAAAAAAAAAAAUAAAAAAAUAAAAAAAUAAAAAAACAAAUAUACAAAAUAUGCAUGUGCAUAUACUUAUAAGGCAAGGACAUUAUUCCGUAAGAGAGUUCAUGUCGUGACAAAGCGCUCGUCGAUUCCGACUGGUUAUACGUUAUAUACAUAAUAUAUAAUAUACAUGUGUGUAUAUAUAUAUAUAUGUAUGUAUGUAUGUAUAUAGAUUAUAUAUAAACAUAUAUACAAAUAUAUAUAUAUGUAUAUAUAUAUGUACAUGUAUGCAUAUAUAUAUAUAUAUAUAUAUAUAUAUAUAUAUAUUUAUCGAAGUUAAAGAUAUGAAAAAUUUUAGUAACGUUGGAACGAUGCUUCUUAUAUAUUGCAAGGGCAAACGAAAUAAUAAUUAUUAAUAAUAAUGCUAAUGAUAAUUAUUAAUAAUAAUAAUAAUAAUAAUAAUAAUAAUAAUAAUAAUAAUUAAUAAUAAUAAUUAAGAGAACGAAAAAGAAAAGGAAAAAAAUAAAAGAAAGGAAAAAGAAAGAGGAGAAAAGAAAUAUGAUGGUUAAUAUCGUUAAGACGAUUGUGUUUCGUACGUAUAUUUGUGUGCGUAUAAAUAAUAUUGUAUAUCGAUGAGUAUACACAUGCAUAAAUAUGUGUAUAUACGUAUAAGUGAAGAAAAAAAAAAAAUAACAAAAAGAAAAAAAAAUAAGAAAAAAGAAAUGAAGACAAACAAACAAACAGCGUUAAUUAAUUGAUCAAAUUAAUUAAUGAAAAAAGUUUUCGUGUUCUUCGAAGAGAGAAGAGAAAUAAAUUCUUGUCUAGUGAUUGUGUAUCGACGUUGCGUUAAGAAAAAAAUAAAUAAAUAAAGAAUAAAAAAUAAAUAAAUAACUUAACUAACUAAAUAAAUAAAAAAAAAAGAAACAAAAAGAAAAGAAAGAAACGA